AUGCCGUUCGACCUGCAGACAUGUGCACGGCCGAACAUCCUGGCGCUUGAGCCGUACCGGUGUGCGCGAGACGACUACAAGGACGAUGGGACGAACGUGCUGCUGGACGCCAACGAGAACGCCUACGGGCCGCCGCUGACGGCAGUGAGCGACAGCGGGCUGGCGGCAUCGGCGGCAUCGGCAGGCAUCGACCUGCUGGGACUGCACCGGUAUCCCGACCCGCACCAAGAGGAGCUGAAGGAGCAGCUGUGCCGGCUGCGCAACACGCACGCGCACACGGCGCGGACGCUGACGGCGGCGAACUUGUUUGUCGGCGUGGGCAGCGACGAGGCCAUCGACGCGCUGCUGCGCUGCUUCUGCGUGCCGGGCCGCGACCGCAUUCUGGUGUGUCCGCCGACGUAUGGCAUGUACGCGGUGUCGGCGCAGGUGAAUGACGUAGGCCUGGUGCGCGUGCCGCUGACGGCGGCGCCGGCCUUUGACGUCGACGUGCCGGCAGUGACGGCCGCGCUGACGGCAGCCGUGGCCGCGACCGACUACGAUGUCAAGAUUGUGUAUCUCUGCUCGCCCGGCAACCCGACGGGCGGCCGGCUGGCCAAGACCGACAUCGAGGCCGUGCUGCGCCACCCGACGUGGAAUGGCAUCGUGGUGGUCGACGAGGCGUAUGUCGACUUUGUGGCCGACGAGCGGACGGCCAGCCUGGCCGAGUGGGUGUGCGACUGGCCCAACCUCGUCGUGCUGCAGACGCUCUCCAAGGCGUUCGGUAUGGCCGGCAUCCGUCUCGGCGCUGCCUUUGCUGAUCCUGCCGUCGCCCGUCUACUCAACAGCCUCAAGGCGCCCUACAACGUGGCUAGCCCGACCAGCGCGCUCGCCCGCACCGUCCUCGCACCCGCCGGUCUCGCUGUCAUGCGCGCCAACCGCGCCCGCCUUGUCGCCCAGCGCACCCGCCUCCUCGAUGCCCUCCCGCGCAUCCCCGGUGUCGGUCGUCUGCGCGGCGGCACCGACAGCAACUUUUUGCUGUACGAGAUCCUCGACCCCGCUGGCCGCCCCGACAACGCCACCGCCCUAGCCGUGUACGAGAUGCUGGCUGAGCAGCGCGGCGUCGUCGUACGCUUCCGCGGCAAGGAACACGACUGUCUCGGCUGUCUGCGCAUCACCGUCGGCACCGAGGCUGAGGUGACCAAGCUGCUGGCCGCCCUGGAGCAGUCGCUCGUCGAGGUGCGCGGAAAGGCAGUGUAG